GACGGGGAGAGAGGAAGAGGAUGAAGAGUUUAGAGAGUUGUAUGGUAAUGGUAAAAAUUCAUUUGAUUUAUUAUCUCCACUACUACACCGAUACAAUUUCAGUACUUUAAAAUCACUCUGCCAAAUGGUUGUGCAAUUUAGAUUAGAUUUGAUAAGAAAAGCACGAGAAGAUAAAAUUUUACGCGAUAAUGAAUCGACAGUCAAUCACGACAAUCGUGUAUAACAGUGCAGGUGCAGGUGAUUGUGAUAGCCGUGUUUUCAAGAUGUGACUUCCAAAAAUGAACAAUGUUUGUACGAGAUCCGUGUGGUAUUAUUUGUAUAAUAGUGACCUACAUUGCUGUGUUUUACGCAGAUUACGUCGUCGUACGAUGGAUAAUUUUGCACACCAUGCAAGACAGCCUCUGGGGUCCUUUUCACGUAGUAAUAUUCAAUACGGUUGUUUUGAUGCUGAUGAUGUCGCAUCUGAAGGCAGUUUGCAGCGAUCCGGGUGUAGUUCCUUUGCCUCAGAGUAGAAUGGAUUUUUCCGAUAUUCACACUGCCGGAUCUGGUCUAGAAGAAGGUGAUGAGAGAGAUGAUUGGACUGUCUGCACUAGGUGUGAAACUUACAGGCCUCCACGCGCUCAUCACUGCAGAAUUUGUAAAAGGUGCAUUAAACGAAUGGAUCAUCACUGUCCAUGGAUAAACAACUGCGUUGGAGAAAGAAAUCAAAAGUACUUCAUACAAUUUUUGGUUUACGUCUGCAUGUUGGCUGUUUACGCAAUCACUCUUGUGAUUUUUUCUUGGGUAAACGAAUGUCCUCUCUGCAGUAACGACAUAGCUGUAAAACAAAGUCGAAUAUUACACUGUGUAAUAUUGGUGCUGGAAGCAGCAUUAUUUGGCAUGUUCGUCGUAGCAAUUUUAGUCGAUCAAUUCCAAGCGAUUCUGGGUGAUGAAACUGCAAUCGAAAGAAUCCAAGGACAUCAUCAUCAUCAUCAUCAUCACAAAACAACCCCGCCUCGAACAUUCACUCUACUUUCCCAAGUUUGUGGAAAAAGUCAUCCAGCUUUGUGGCUCUUGCCUUGCCACAAUCCGCCACGAUAUUCGUAUCGACGAGAAACUUUGAUAAACCACGAUGUCUGAAUUUUCGUAGAAUUCUCAAUUCUACUUCAAUUUUUGUAAGCUCUUCGGUGCUGGUUUCCCACUUCUAACAAACUUAAAAUUGCGCACUUUGUAAAUCGUGGAGAUCGAGAUUUUUCAAAUUUCUCUGUGAGUCGUUAGCUUUUUUAUAAAAUCAAGAACGUAUUUUAGUAUAAGUAUUUCUAACUUUAGGAAAAUCACGUACAUCGAUGAUGAUACGAAUGCCAGACUGCAAUUUCUUGCUUUUGUCUUUUAUUAUUUUAAAUGUAGAAUUUCUAGAUUCUCCUUUAUUUCCCGAUUCUUCCAUUGCAAUGGGAAGAACGAUAGUGUAAGACUGUAAAUAUUGAUUACUGGAAGCCUCUCCUCUUGUAAUACUCAGAUUAAUCAAAAAUUUUCUGCAAUUGAUAGUUCGCUUUUUGGAUAAGAUUUUUUUUUUAUUGUUAUAGGUGUGAAAGAAUAAUCAGGUGUCUACUCAAAUAAUGGGGGACAAAUCUCUUGACAAAUGAAGGUUUUUUUCGGGUAUAAUUUUUUAUAUUGAGGAAACAUACAAAUUUUUUUUUUCAA